CAUUCCUUUUUUUACUCCCUCACUACUUGGGUCAACUAUUUCAUUAUUGUACAAGCAUCCUCAGACAAUUAACGAUUUUGCACAUGAACCAUGUCUCUUCGCAGGAAAAGGAUUGAUUUCAAUGUCGCAUUCGACGAGUUUAAACGCGAUCUUGUAAAGAUGUUUGACUUCACAGGGACUAGUUCAGUCUCUGGCAUGGGCAUGUAUCAGCUUGUAUAUGAUAUCUGUAACUCUGUACCGAAGCCCUUUUCAGAAAGGCUUUACUGUGCUAUUGCCGAUUUCCUCUGUGAAUAUGCAACAGGAGUGCGGCAGGCUAUUUUGAGUCAAGAAGAAGUUGUCCCUGUGUAUGCAAUGUAUUGGAAAAAAUAUUACAUUGCCACUAGUUAUCUCAAUGCUAUAUGUGAGUAUCUCAACGGACUUAUUGUUAAGCAACGUAAAGGGCCCGGUAUUAGUGAAAAACGCCCUUUUGUGGGUCAGAGUAAUUACCCUCGUCAAGAUGUUCAGGCUCUUGCAAACCAAAUCUGGAGAGAACAUGUCGUCAUGGAGAUCAAGCAUCGCAAGCAAAAUAGAUUAAUGUAUCAGGUUUUUGAGACAAUCCGCCAAGAUCGCGAGGGGCAGCAAGUCAAUGCUUCUGUCGUUCAAGAUACCAUCUUUUCGCUUGUAUCGUUGAAUUCAAAGACCGAUCAACCUUUGGAGUUGUAUAUCGACGAAUUUGAAACGCCCUAUAUCAAUCAAACAAAAGCAUAUUACAAGGCAGAAAGCAAGAUCAAGCUUUCAAACUGCACUAUAUCUCAGUACAUAAAGUCGGCUAUUGAUAGGCUUGCACAGGAAGGCGCUCGUAAUUCUCGCUAUUGUCAUCCAACAUCUCAUGCCCGAGUUAUUCAAGAAUGUGAAACUCAGUACAUUGCAGAGCAUCAGAAGAAUAUACAGUCAGAGUUUGAAAAAAUGAUCGCUAACGAAAAGGCAGAUGAUUGUACGAUGGCAUACUCUUUACUGACAAGGAUAGAGAAUGGCCUCGUGCCACUGCUCAUAACGUUUGAAAAACAUAUUACGACAGUUGGGCGCGAUAUCAUUCUUGGGCUUGGUGCUAGUAUCUCAAAGGACCCGCGGGAAUAUGUUGAAAAGUUGAUUGAAUUGCAUGCAAAGUAUUUGCUGAUGUGCGCGAAGGUGUUUACAAAUGAUGCAGCAUUCGUAGCUGCUGUAGAUAAGGCAUUCAGAACAAUCGUCAAUGACACUGCAACAAAUGUAGCAGCUCGUUCACCAGAAGUCAUGGCACGCUAUACAGAUACAAUGCUCAGGAAAAAGCAAAAGACUGGAUUGUCAGAAUCCGAAAUUGAAGACCGUUUGACGCGAGUGAUCAUUCUCUUCAAGUAUAUCGACGAUAAGGAUCUAUUUCAGAAGUUUUACUCCAGAUUUCUGGCUAAGCGUCUAAUUUUUGAUGCCUCUUUAUCAGCAGAAGCGGAAGCAAACAUGAUUUCCCGACUCAAGAGUGCGUGUGGAGUUGAAUACACGUCAAAAUUACAAAGGAUGUUCACGGAUAUGACUAUCAGUUCGGAUUUAAAUGCCGGAUUUAAGGAUUGGCUACAAAGCAAUGAUCUUAGUAAUGGCUUGGACUUUAGCAUUCUUGUGCUCACUGCGGGGUCUUGGCCAGUCAACUCUACGCAGCCAUUGGAGUUCCAGUGUCCUGAUGAACUGGAGAAGAGCAUCACCAACUUUACAGAUUUUUACGAUAAGAGACAUAAUGGACGUAAAUUGACUUGGUUUUGGCAUUGGUGUCGAGCUGAUGUUCGCGUCAAUUAUCUUGAUAAGAGAUACGAGCUAUCUUUGUCAUUAUACCAGUUUGCAGUGCUGGCGGUCUUUAAUGCAGGCGACUCCUACACAGUGACAGAGAUCCGAGAGCAGACAAAGCUUGUUGAACUUGAGUUGAUACGUGUGGUGAAGUCGUUAGUGGAGGCUAAUCUGUUGACAUUGCCUGAGCCUAGUGCUACUAUUACGUUAUCAACGGUUUUAAAACUCAACAUGUCGUUCUCCAACAAGCGGACGAAGCUGAAGAUUAGUGGAGGACUUCAGGCAGAUACGCCUCAGGAAACAACAGCGACGUUGAAAGCAGUAGAUGAAGAUCGUCGACUGUGCAUUCAGGCAUCUAUUGUACGGAUCAUGAAGUCACGCCGAGCACUUUCUCAUAUGCAAUUGGUACAGGAAGUAAUUGAUCAGUGUAAAACACGGUUUUCACCUAGUGUCCCGAUGAUUAAAAAAUGUAUUGAACAGCUUCUGGAUAAGCAAUACAUUGAACGUGCAGAGAAUAGUUUGGAUCGCUACGUGUAUGUUACCUAAACAUGUUUAGGCUUCAUCGGAAAGAAG